UUCUGUUCUAAAGAUUGAAGAAGCGCGCGUGCGUUUGUUUGGUUCGCGCAGUUGAUAGGAAAUAGGGUUAAGGUGUUAGGGGUGAGAUCGAUGGAACGCAUCAUCGGCGCAAAGUACAAGCUUGGCCGCAAGAUCGGAAGCGGAUCUUUUGGUGAAAUCUACCUCGCCACGCAUAUUGAUACCUUCGAGAUAGUCGCUGUUAAGAUCGAGAACGGUAAAACGAAGCAUCCACAGUUGCUUUAUGAGGCCAAGCUCUACAAUAUUCUUCAAGGAGGAAGUGGCAUACCAAGCAUAAAAUGGUCUGGUAUAGAUGGGGAGGACAAUGUGCUCGUUAUGGAUUUGCUGGGGCCUAGUCUUGAGGAUCUUUUUGGGUACUGUGGAAGAAAGUUCUCCCUCAAAACAGUGUUGAUGUUGGCUGAUCAAAUGAUGGCUAGAAUAGAAUAUGUGCAUUCUAAAGGAUUCCUACAUAGGGAUGUUAAACCUGAUAACUUUCUCAUGGGACUUGGUCGGAAGGCAAACCAGGUUUACGUAAUUGAUUUUGGGCUUGCGAAACGAUAUAGGGACUCCACAACUAAUCGGCACAUCCCUUACAGGGAGAACAAAAAUUUAACAGGGACAGCACGUUAUGCGAGUUGCAAUACUCAUCUUGGGAUAGAGCAAAGUCGACGGGAUGAUUUGGAGUCACUAGGGUAUGUGCUUCUGUACUUUCUCCGAGGAAGUCUUCCUUGGCAAAACCUAAAGGCUGCAACUAAGAAGCAAAAGUAUGAUAAAAUAUGUGACAAGAAAAUAUCAACUCCUAUUGAGGUAUUAUGCAAAUCUCACCCUGUAGAGUUUGCUUCAUACUUUCAUUACUGCCACACACUAACCUUUGAUCAGCGACCUGAUUAUGGAUUCUUGAAGCGCCUAUUUCGGGACCUAUUUGCUCGGGAAGGUUAUGAAUUUGAUUAUGUAUUUGAUUGGACUGUUUUAAAGUACCAGCAGGCACAAAAGAAUAGAGUACAGCCUCGCUUAUCUCCUGUUCCUGGAGCAAGCAGCAGUCGAGCAAUGCGAAUGGAUGUUGACCACCAUCAAGGUAUUAUUGCAUUUCCAGGGGAUAUCUCAGCAGAGCACAUUAAAUCAGGCAAUGCUACUGGUUCUGGUGUUAAAAUUCAGUUUAAAUCACCAGUGGGUAAAAAUUUGGGUUCUGAACAUCCUCUUGACAAGAAUAUUUUUGGCGAUGCAAAUAUUCCCUCUUCUUCAUAUUCGCUUGCUGAUACCUCAAAAAGGAACUCAUUGAAGCCAUCUCUGACCACGGAAGCUGCCAACCCUAGACAUGGGCAAGACAAUAGUAAAAUUGGCCCUUCAAGUAGCUGGAUUUCAUCUCUGCAGCGCAUAUCUUCUGCCAAAUGAAUGUCCAAUAUGAUGUGAUUCUGAUCAAGAUUAUACACGUGACGCUGCAAAUUCAUGGUGGAUUGCUUGCACCUUUUUUCCCUCUGGUUUUGGUGAAGAAUUUUCAAGUGAUCUAUCCAUGGAGACUGCAAAUGUGCUGCAAGGUUGAUAAAUUUCAUAGCUCAUCUUUUGAGGCCGUCUUGUGUUGCUUUUUCUUAAGGUGACUACGAAUGAUUGUUUGGUAUAAAAUACAGACUGUCCAGGCUUGGCUGCUUUGCUGUAGAUAGAUUUCAAAUGAUGCACACAGCAAUCAUGUGUAUCCAUGUUUUAAUGUAAAAUAAAUGUGUGAAUGUAGCCUCAUUUCCCUUUUUUUGUCACUUGAUAUAAUUAUCCUUGUGCCAUAUGAUAAGUGGCGACACAGUUUGGUUUAAAUUGAUUGACAAUAUCAUGAAUUGCAGGUGUAUUUUCAGUUUCUUCUGUAAAGAUUUAUUUGAUCUCAGUUUUUGAUCUUCUUUGUUGCUCAUUUAUUUUUACUUGGUUAUGUUAUUUUUUCCUGCCUAAAUAAGAUACAUUGCACUUAAAGUUUUGUUGCUCAUAUAUGAUGUUUUGAAGCAUCCAUAAAUGAAAUUUCUUUGAAUAGGGUGGACCUAAAUUGGAAGAAUUUUCUCGUAAAUAUUUUAUCAAUUAUUUGGCGUUCACAUCAUUUGCCUCUGAUGAUGGUAAGUUGCAAUUCUUGUUAGUGACCUGGUUUUCAGAAUAUAUAACUACACUGAAUCAGAGCCAAAAAAAAUUUCAGAACGGUCCCUCAAAUAAUGGAUUCUUAAUAGACAUUGAAGGUAGUUUUUGGUGGCAACUAUUUAACUCUUCUGAACAUAUGAUUGUGUGGUGGUAUAUUAGUUACAGUAUGUCACUUAAUUAUUGAGAUCUGUAUCACAUCAUUUGGUUUUUUCCAUUUUGCUCUAAGUCUGGAUGUUAUUCAAGGAAAACUCUUGAAUACCCUGCCAGUGUCAAAUUUUGAAUUUCAUAGAAUUGCCAGUACUUAGAACAAUAAGAGAUUUGCUGCUUUAAAUUACCUUUGAUUUAAUCAACUUAUUUUUAUGUAUUUAAAUUUUUUCCAAUUCAACCGUGAUGCUCAAGCAGCAUUUCUUUACUUGUAGGUAGCACAAAUUUGAUGGUCAACCACAUUAAUUUGUGUCAUCAUUCUUGGGAUGAAUGAGUACAAUCUGGUUUUAUUUUAGUGUAGUUCAAGGUUUGAAUAAACUGCUGUAUAUUUGAUGUUCCUCUGGUAAAACUAAUUGCAAAUGAGCAGCAGCUCAAUUAUCAGUUCACACUUUUUCUUUUGCAGGGUUUCUUUUUUCAACCUAUACGGUCUGAAGGAUGAAAUAUGACUGAUAAUUGACAUUUACAUGGAUGUCAUUAUCAACCGGAACAUACUUCUCCAUACAGAUUGGAUUGCCAUUGGAUUAUGGACUACUCUGGCUUUGUGACAAACUUGAAAUGAGAAUUGCUUUUGAUAUGGGUGUUGAUUGGCAAAGAUCUUUUGAAGAUCUAUCUUUGAUUUCUAUGAUUCUAACCAACAAUUCUGUGAGGUUACCAAUUUAUUUUUCGGUUGAUGAACAUGAGCAAUGAUCAUUGGGUUUGGUGCUGGCUCUUAAGUUUCUGAAAGGGAAAAAUAUUCUAAGAAACAAUGCAUCUGAAGGCAGCUAACUUUCGUAUCCUGAACAAGAUUUGGUUUUAACAUUGGUAACUUGAAUUAUCCCAGUUCCAUUUUUGGAUAGACGAUGCUUGAUGUCUAUUGGACCUGUUACUUCCAUGGCUCCUACCAUUUCCAUGAGUACCAAGUAUAGUUCAGUGUGAUCGGCAUCACUUAUUUUUAUUGACAUGUUUAUCAUGUUUUGCAUUAUUGUCGAGCUACAGACUGUGUCAGAUGGAGUGCAGGUAAUUGGUGAACAGAAGCAACAUGUGAACACUCUUUUGGAGGUGUUUCGUAAGCUAGUGAUCUCACACUACUAUAGUAGGUACCCGAGUAUCAAGUAUUCCUAGUACAAGUUUUUGUUUGGUGUGAAUGACAAACAAAAAUAAUGUAAAUACAAACGUGAGUACUUUGGAUUCCAAGGCAUCCUAUAUACAAUGAUCUUGAUGUACCAAAUGCCUCCUUAUGUAUAUGAGGUAAUGGAAAUUUUGCUUGAAAUACAGGA